CACAAUAGCGGAUCCCAUUUACGAAAACUCAUUCAUAAUAUCCAUCGUAAUGAUUUGGUACCAGUGGGGCCUGACAUAAAUUUGAUAGGAAAAGUUAUUGCUAAACAUCUGCUCGAUUUAGCUACUCUUCCGCAACGAAAAGUACCUACAUCUACCCUUAUAACAUGGAUGAAAUAUUUUAAAGAUCUAUUUCCAAAGACACCGACAUCCGCUUUCUAUGCCUUUAAAUACGAGCCGUACAAACGUAAAGAUGGUAUCUUACUUCAGAGAAAAAGAGCAGAAGGUGUGCUACAGGUUCAACUCUUUCAAGAAAGGAGAAAACUUAUCAAAGAAAACCGAGAUAUUUUGUUGAGACACCCAAAUAUAGUUUCAACUGACAAGAACAGAGAUCCGUGUUCUUCAAAUGACAUAUAUAAUAUUACAACAACCUGGAGGUCUGUCAGUCAAUCAGAAGGAGAAAUUCAAUCUAGCAUUGAAAUUCCAAGAAAAGGUAAUUAAUUUCAUCAUCCGCAUAUCUGUUAUAGAAGCUGAUCCAACAAUAGAGACUCAUCUUUUGUAUUUGCGGCAGCAAUUGCACCAUAAAUUGACUCCACAGCUAGCAGCCUCUUGGGAAGCAACUUUUCAGUACAGGCGGAAACAACUAACAGAUCAACCAGGAACAGUAUGGGAUUAUUUAAACGAAUAUAAGUUUUUGCAAAUUGAAGAAAUCGGUAAAGCCUUAAUUGAACAGGAUUUCGACAAACUUUAUCCCGACCUAGACCCUAUAACGAAAUACUCGGGGAAUCUAACCAAAAAUUGUGAGAAUCACAGACACGCCAUUAUCGCAGCAGUCUCAGUAGUUCUAAAAAAAACAAGCCAACAGAAGCAUAAGGAUAUAGCUACCUCGUUCUUUGAGUUGGCUAAACAAGAUUCCAAUGUUACGCUUAGAGUGACUGGAGCUCUCCUUUUACUUCCUUUUAUAUUUCCUUAUGUUCAUGUGCACAAGACGUGGAAACCAACGAGAGUGGACAUUGUAGAGUCUUUUAUCGCGAGAGUCUAUAGUGAAACGGAAGUUGAAGAACACAUUGAACGCCGACGUAAGUCGCGGAUAGAAAUAGCAAAGUCAGCAAAAAUAUGUACAUCUCUUCAACCUUAUGUUUUGGCCAUAGGUCCUACCUGGGAUAAUAUCAGUCACAGUCACAUAAUUGUAGAUAAAGUUUUAUAUACAUGCAAAAACAUUAUAGAGGCUGCGGAACUUUGUUUUAAAUUGUUUCAUGUUUUUCAUUCUGAUUAUCCUCCUGAAAGUAAGCACGUAUGGCAAUUGAUACAACAAGGUUUUUAUAAAUAAUUUAUUAAGGAUCAUGAUGUCAAUCGACGAACGAUUAUGAAAACUUUGGCUGAUAUUGGUAUUUAUAUAGAG